AGCGUCUGAACUCGCUUUCCCGCGUUUUUGUGUUCUCUUCCCUUUUCAUAUCUCGCGGUCUCACAAUCGUGAAUCGUCUAUUCGUCUGUUCUCUAUGGGUAAAUUAACUUCGUAAACCUAAUUUAUACUAUCCGUUGGCCAAAAAAAAAAAAAACGCUAUCCGUUUUCUUCCCCGAAAUCUUUUCAAUGGAAGGGAGACGUAACAGUCAGUAUUGAUUACUGCACUUGAGUGUGUGAGGGAGAGCGCUUGCUGGCAGAGAUGCUGCGGACGAAUGCAUUCGAAGGCGCGGAUGUGUUCAUGUCGCGGAACCUCGUGCCGCCGGAAGUCUUCGACGCACUUCACGACGCGCUUAAGAAUAACGGCGCGCGUGUCCACCUUUGCUGCGAUCCUUCGCGCAAUGGGCCGCACGACUAUCAUAUCAUAUCUCACGAUCAUGAGAAACUGGAGGAUCUUAAAGCCAGGGGUUGUAAUCUGCUUGGUCCUCAGUGUGUGCUUUCAUGUGCAAAAGAACAAAGACCCCUGCCUAAACAGGGUUUUACUUGUUGCCUUGCCAUGGAUGGUGUCAAAGUACUUGCAUCUGGCUUUGAUAUGGAUGAGAAGAUGAAGAUAGGAGAGUUAGUAAAUUCUAUGGGAGGAAUUCUGCAUACUAAAGCAUCACUGGAUGUAAACUUUGUGAUUGUGAAAAAUGUUUUAGCUGCAAAGUACAAGUGGGCUUUGAAUAUGCUGAAGAAACCAAUUGUCACUCCUAAUUGGUUAAAGCAAUGCUCUAUUGAGCAUCGCAUUGUUCCUCAAGAGUCAUACAGGAUUCUUCCCUUUUCUGGGUUGACAAUUUGUGUUACCCGAAUUCCAGCAGAUGAGCGCAGGAAAAUUGAGAUGCUUAUUGUACAGAAUGGUGGGAAAUACUCUGCAGAGCUGACAAAGAAGUGCACACAUUUGAUUUCUGAUGCUCCUGAAGGUGACAAAUAUAAGGUGGCAAAACGAUGGGGUCACAUCCAUAUUGUGACAAAGAAAUGGUUUGAUCAGUCUAUUGCCAGGAGGGCAUGUCUGAAUGAGGAGUCCUACCCUGUUCAGCAUGGACCUGUAUCUUCACAAAGAAUGUCCGGGGAUAAUUUAACAGCACAACAUAGUCAAGAGAGGGAAAGUGGGAAAUGGCAAUCAGCAGCAGCAUCUGGACCUGCAGAUUCAUGUAUGCCUGCUGUUUCCUAUGCUGAGCCUGUGGACGGAGAUCCAGAUGCUACACAGUCAGAAAACACUUCUGCCGCCAUUUUAGAUGUUCCUAUCUUUGUUAAUGGGACAGAUCCUGAAGCACGUCCAGUGCAACCCAAAAAGGAACCAAACCUUGACAGUGCUGUAGCCAGAGAUUCUGAAUCUGAUGAUAAUGACCUGUACUUAUCAGAGUGCAGAAUAUCACUUGUUGGCUUUGAAGCCUCUGAAAUGCGUAAGCUAGUUAAUUUGAUUCAUAAGGGAGGAGGGUCCAGAUAUAUGUCGCUUAAUGACAAGUUGACACACAUAGUUGUUGGAACCCCGUCAGAAAUAGAAAAGAAGGAUGUAAGGAGCCUUGCUGCUCUGGGUAUCAUCUAUGUUGUUAAAACUGCAUGGCUUGAAGAUUGUGACCGUGAAAAGAAAGAAGUUCCUGUUCUGAAGAGACAUAUUGCGCAAGAUCUUCUUCUUCCAAAAGGUUCCACAUCUUUUGUGAAAGGAGUUGUAACUGGCAUUAUGACCAUGAAUAAAGGUAAAGGCUUCAGCACUCAUCAGAGCCUGCAGGCUGAUCAGGCGAUAACUAGUAUGGACUCUCGAGUUGUAAUGCCAUUGUCCGUGGAGAAAAGAGAAGAAAAGAAGCUGGAGAUCGAUGUGAUCAAUCAGUCCAGUCUUAAAUCAAUGGACAAGCCGACAAAGCAAAUGCAACUUCCUGUCGUUAAUAAUAAAAUGAAGGGUCAAAAGAAGAUGCAUAAUGACUCUUCUCAGUGUGUGAAGUCAUCAACAGUUUUCUGGGGGAGGACGUUUUGUUUUUCAAAUUCUUUUCCUGAAGAGAGAAGAGAUGAGAUUAUUCAAUGGAUAAGUCAAGGAAAAGGAGAGGUAGUAAAUGGGCACAGAAAACAGAAUGCCCACUAUACUAUUGAGUGCCACGGUGUAACAAGGAGGUUGGAAGAAAUUUCCCCGACUACGUAUAUCUCCAGUCAUUGGAUACGAUCUUGUUUAGAGAAUGACUGCUUGCUGGAUGUUGAUAGUCACAUUCUUUAUUCUCCACUCCCUUGCUGUAUACCUUUGCCUGGGUUUGAAAGCUUUCGGUUUUGUGUUUCUCAAUAUGAGGGGAAAGACAGAAUGCUGCUAAGGAACUUGUGCUUUGUUCUCGGAGCUACAUUUGUGGAGAAGUUGACAAAGAAAGUCACACAUUUAUUGUGUAAAUUCAUCAAUGGGCCUAAGUAUGAGGCUGCUUGUAAGUGGGGGAUCCAGGCAGUUACCUCUGAAUGGAUAUUUGAAUGUGUCAAACAGAAUAAAGUUGUUGGUGUUGAUCAAUUUUUACCCAAAGAAGUUUCUGUUCAAGAUCAUGAGAACCAGGAGGCAGGAGUUUUUACUGUGAGUCAAUUUCCUAACCCGGCUGAAAGCAUAGGUGGAGACAGCUCUGCCCAGUUUUCAAGUCGAUCACAAAAUUUGAGAAACAUACCAAAUCAAAAUAUGGCUAGUCAAGUCGACAAUUAUGAGGUUAAUGCUAAAAUAUCAAGUGUUUACUGCAAAAGGGCAAGGCUUUUGGAAGAGUCUGGCCUGUAUGAUACAGUGCCUUCGGCUGUAGCUUCAGCUACCCCUAUCUACGAUAUGAGUUCUACAGGAAACAAUACGCUAAUAGAUACUAGUAAGGUGUCUCCGGCUGUUCCUGAUGUUGCUGCUGCAAUUGAGGACUUGUUAGAGCAGACUAGUAAGAUGGAUGACCAGACAUCCCCAGGGAAGACUGUGAAUAAGCGAAAUAAUUUUUCGUCUGAUUGUUCUGUUCUUGGUGAAAACCAAUCAAAUCCUCAUACUGUCAUUGGAUUUUCUGAGCACUGGUUGAACAGAAGUAGCAGAAACGAGGAUAAUGAUGAUGCUUCUCGAGAUGGAAGAGCAGCUUAUGAUAAUUUUAGUGAAACACAAACGGAAUCUCAGGUUGUUGGUUACGAAGAAGAUUUGUCUGGAAGACAAAUGCUUAUUGACAGAGUCCGAACCCGUGGUAGUAUGGCUUGAAGUAUUAGGACGGCCCCUUGAAGAAAGAUCUAGAAGGAUAUGAUAAUUUGAUGAUGAAUCGGCGUUUACAAGGUAAUGAAAGAAAAUCAUGUCCUGUCUUGCAUCAGUAACAUUGGUUUUUAAAAAGGUCAACCUUGCUAAGGGUCAGCUAUCAAGGGUGUUAAGGAUGCAUCAGGCCAGUAUUAGAAAGUAAAUAUUAACCAUGCUGAUCGGGAGAAGUCACACCCAUAUUACUUGCUAGGAUCGGAAAGGAAGGACGGAAGAAGGGAAUAUUUUGAUAUUUUUUGCCGGCGUGUUGUAUCUAUUGAUUUGUGACAAGUUAUUAAGCCAGUCCCAACUAGGAAAAAUAAAUAAUCAUGUUUGCCCAAAACUUGAACUGUACACUGAUCAUUGACUCGUGCGGCAUAGGGCCUGAUUCUCUGCAAACUCUAGUGGGACAAUGUUAAUUCAAGUUCGGUACCUGGCCCAAAAAAAAAA